UCAAAAUAAACUUUCCAUGGACACACCGGCGGCUCCUCUGGAGCAGGAUGGAGAGAUACGUGGAGGUAUAAUGCAGUGUGAGCAGCAGCUGAAGACCACACUGCACUAUGAUGACAAGGAGAAGCUUCGUAGGAAGUUGGCACUGUUACAAAGGGAGUACCUCAGGACAGCUGAGAGACUACAGCGUGCUGAGCGUUUGGAUGCAGUGCGGAGACAUGUGAGGAGUACUAUUGAUCAGCAGAACCAGCAGGACCAGAGAGACCCAGAGGUGACAUCUAACCCCUGUCUCAACCCAUCUCCAUUGAUACCAAACACCACCAAUGGGACAGCCACAAGUGAAGCUCAGUGCCAGGGACACACUGAAGGUCCAGCAAAUUCUGAUAACUCCAGGAAGAGCCAGGUGAUCAGGUUCCUGCUCCCUUCUGAUGCUGCUUGCCCACAAACUGCAGAUCCCAGCCAUGACACAGCUAGAGAUCACAGACCCAGUCCUGGCCUGCGCCUCAGGUCUCGGCGCAGCCGCCUGCGCCUGGAAAGGAGUGCUGAGGCUGGCAGGAGCACAGACGACAACAGUGAAGAAGGACUGGGGCAGAGUGAAAGUGUGGAGAAUAUUAAAGCAGGAGGAAGUGAAGAGAGAGUGAAAACAGAGGAAAGAGAGGUUGUGAAUGAAAGUGAAGAGCUAUUUUCUGGUACAGACUCCGAGUCUCCCUCUCUGCUGCUUACACACUGGAACACUUGUGGACAAACUGAAACAGGAGGUAUCGUGGGAAAAGAUGUACAGGGCCAACAGGAACCAAGGGAAAAAGAGAUCGAGCUGAGCGCUGAAGGAAAAAAAGAAUCAGACUCAACAUCUUUGCUGCUCACACACUGGAACCCUGCUAUACACACUGAAGGGAGGGAACAAGAUUGCACACAAAAUGGAAGAAGAAAGGAGAUAAAGGGAGGAGGGCAAGAUGGGAAUAGUAGAGAACAGAGUGAUAGAAGGCUGUGUGAAGACAGCAGCAAUAAAGAUACUGCGGCAGAGAAAAUGGAAACUGAAAAAAGCCAUGAUAACAAAGCUGAAAUAAUAGAAGAAAAAAGUGAGAUGGCUGGAGGAGAGCAUGAUGUAAAGGGUGUGAGUCUCUUGGACUCCUGUACCCUAGUGGAAGGACUACUUUUCCCAGCAGAGUACUACGUACGAACCACAAGACGUAUGACAUUUUCUCAGAGCCAGCCUGACAUGCAGGCUGUCAUACUCUCCCAGCUGAGCAUGGGACAACGUCGCAGGAGCCAGGGCCGUGGCCGUGGCAGAGGAUUGAACAGGCACACACACAACCUUGAGCAUUCAGAUCAACACACUCAGGCCGGUUCGUCAUCACUGACACCUGCAUCUUCAGGUCCUCAUACGGAAUCACAGUCUGCUGAUACAUCUGCUGAGCUCAACAGUCAGAACUCCGGUGGGAUUUCAGAUCAAACCUCAGCUUGUCAGAUUGACAUGGAUGCUUCUUUUUCUCCCACGGUUACAACUACUCGUCCAGCAAGAGGUAGGAAGAAGAGAAGAGGCAGGGGCAGAGGGAGACCUCAGACCCCACGAAGCUCUCUCAGUUUAGACACUCAUCAACUGGGCCUUGGACAAACCUCAGAUAAUCUCCAGCCCACGAGCUCCCUGGGCUCUUCCUCGCCAUCUCUCCAUGUAGCUGAUGGACCAAAGCCCAGCUUCACUCCAGGAGAAGCUGUUCUAGUGCAGGACGACCCCCUGCCUGUGUCCACCCACGGCACAGAUACACAGCCUUCCUCUGGAGAUCGGUCUAGCUCUACCUCUGGACAUCUUGAGAAGGUCUAUCCCAUCUUUCUGAAGAACAGUGGCAGGACUAACGGAUCCUCACAGAUGAGUAGAAGUGCAGCAAGCUGGCAGUCCCUCCUCUUGCCCUCUUCUCCAUCUGCCCAGUCAUCUCUGCUUCCUCUGCCCUCCCUGUCCCCUGGCCUGCUGGUCAACAACCUCACGAACUUCGACAUUCCACAAGAUUUUCAUCUCCCCGAUGACCAGUUUGCCUCCCUAAAGCUGCACAAGCUCCGUCAAGUUGCUCUGGAAUCAGGGGUCGAACAUUUUACAUCGCCGUCUUGCAAUACACGCAGCAGCAGCAGCCGUCGCUUUGGCACUCAUUACAGCAGCAGUGACCCAGCGAUGUCUCUUCCACUUCAGCUCAGCCUCACGCCCACAAUCACAACCUCCCCCCAUCCCACUGAAGCAAAACAAGCUGCUACACAGUCUGUAGACCUGCAGAACAUGUCAGUAGAGCACAAGCUCACAAAUAAAUUGACAAGCCAGCAAACUGAAUGUUUAUUAGAUCAAAAUAUUGCAGAAACCCCCGGAGAGCAGCAGACUGAAAACCUUCACCCUGAGUGUCAGACUCACACCACCUCCACAGAGUCUGUGUCAGUGGUUCAAGAUUGUGCUGCUGACUGUGUUGAUCAAAAUAAAGAGCAACAUACUGUGAUUCUAGAUAUUGACCACCCUGUCAAGCCACAGCCUCACAUCAACUUUGCAGACAGACCUGCAGGCCAGGUGAAUGAUGAUAUCAUCAGGCGUUCAGAUGAACUUCAAAUAAAAGAGUCUUCUGUUAUUUCAUCAGAAGAACAAACAGAUUGUCCUGCUGUGCUCCGCCCUUUAGCGGAUCAGUGGUUUACAAACCACCAAGCAGAAGACAAAGCUAUCAUCAAGACUCUUUCCUUUAAUGGCCCUCUACAGGAAUCCUCCGAGGAGCCUUCUAACAGCUGCACUGCUGCACAGUUAUGUGAUGACAGUGAGUCUCCUGUGCAGCAUCUGAAUGCUGCUAAAGAUUCAAAUGAAUCCUCUGAGCCCACCACAAGUCCUGCCAGAGACAGAUUGCUGGACAAUGAGAAUCAGGACAAGUGUUUACUGCAGCACAGAGUCCACUCUCAGCUCCUGUUGAGCCCUGUGGCAUCAGCACCCUUUGUAACCCCGCACAUGCCCUCCUCUGCUCUCCUCUCCAGCCCCGCAUUACCAUCCCUAGGACUCACCCCACACCAUUUCCCUGCUGCCCGCCGUUUGACCUCCUCUCCCAGUGCCCCACCUCUCACCCUGCCUCCCCCUCAUAGCCCGUCCACCCAGGCCCUCUCCCCUCCUGUUCUGACUCCCUGUCCAUCCCUCACUUCCGUCCCUUCAAGCCAGCUGCCCACCUCCCCCGCUGUUCAGAUCCAGGCUUCACCUGAGCCAUUAUGUACCGAUGAUGACCGCCCGGCUGUAUCCAGCAUCCAGUCACAGGGCUCAGGUGGGCAGGUGGGGACAGCAGACGAACACAUGAUGAGAUGCACACACACGUUGAAGGCCCCAGCAGGAGGCUGUCUGGUGGAUGUGUGCUGUCUAUCCAGGUCCUCAGGUGGUUUGUAUGUCGCAGCAGCUGGAGAGUGGGCAGUGUGUCUCUGGAGUCAGACCUCAGCUUCUGCAGCUUCUGACUGGAGCUUAACACACACCUGGGCCUUCAAUGAGCCAGUGAUCAAUUUGUUUCCAGUCCCAGAUGCUGCUGGGCUGAUGUGUGUGACUCUGGGUCAACUGGAAAUCAGAGAAGUGAGGACCCUGUCGUGCUCCAGCCUCUCACAAGUGCUGCUCUCUAAGGAUGUCGUCCAGGCUGUCGUUGGUGUGUCCAAGUCCAGAGUGGUUACAUCCUCCCACUCGGCCUCUGGUUCCACCCUGCAGGUGUUUACGCUGUCAGACAGCGGCAGCACAUAGAGCUCUCAGCCUCUCAUGUCUCCUGGUGUUUGUGUCGGGGCUCUCGCUCCUGUGGACGAACUUUCAGAUGCUCUGAUCGGCUCUGACGAGGGCGGACGCCUCUUCAUCUGGAAUUUAAAGACUGGAC